AUGAACAAAAAUGGAACAGCUAAAAUGAAUGAUAAUCAAAUUAGAGCAGAAGGUAGAAGGUUAUUUAAACACUUCUAUAACAUUCCUGAUGGUGUUAAUCCUAAAACUCGUAGAAGUUAUUUAAAUGAAGCCAUAGAUGCAUAUGAAGGAUUUGACAUUUCAUCAGAAAGUGAGAGGUUAGCAAGAAUGUUAAACGUUAAUAUUGAUUUUUAUUAUUGUGACCCUCAACCAGAAGACGUAGACAUUAACAAGGUAGACUUUCCAUUAGUGGAAUCAAUAAUGAUAGAUCCAGAAUUUGAAACAGUAAAUAUUUUAUUAACACAGAGUCCAUGUGGAAAACUUCACGCUGACAGAAUUACAGACGUUGAAGCACUCACAGGAUAUAAAGUUUGCCCCUUUUGCAAAGAAGAAGUAUAUUCUAUCCGUGAUGAUCCAGAAAGGAAAAACCAAAGAAGAUUUUUAAAACAUUGUGAGAAAUGUAAAGAAAAUAAUGGAAGAUUAAUUCAAGACGUUCAAUUGCAAAACACACAACAACCAUAUGCACCACAU